UAUAAUCUGGGGAAAAAAACAACCGAAAAUUUAUCUAAAAACUAAGAAUCUUCUACAUUUAACCUUUCCUAAUAACCUCCUACCUCCCCCUAGCAAUUUAGGGUCAGGCGACCUCUCUGACUGCCAUGAAUCAGUUGGGAUUAGCCGAUCUACCAGCUGCCCUCCACUGAUGGCAGCAAUCCGAUAACACCAGGAGAGUAGAGCGUAACGUAGGGUUUUAUUAUCACUUUUAGUUUGUUGAUAAUUAAGAAGCUAAUAUGUAAAAACAGGAAUAAAAUAAAUCAAAGAUAAUCUGCAUAGAGCAUGAGUAGAAGGAAUGAAGAAAAGAAGGUGUGGAGGAUGAUCUCCUGAUCCCCGUUCUUUGGAACAGCUUGUAUCUCACUUGUAUUCAUCAUUAGGCAUCAUCUUUUGAGCUCCAUGGCAGCUUUGGAGGAAGAACUGACCUGCUCCGUCUGCCGGGACAGCUUCAGCCAGGCCCACCCUCUGCCCUGUGGCCACAGCUUCUGUCCUGCCUGCAUCCGUGAGGCCUGGGUCCCUCAGGAGGAGCGAAAAGGUUGUUUCACCUGCCCCCAAUGUCAGGAGGAGCAUGGUGAAGUCCUCUGUGACUGCUGCCCUCUCCAGGGGGAGGACGGUCCCUCCCCGAUGGCUGUCAAAACCUGCUUGAGGUGUGAGGUGUCGCUUUGUGCUGACCACCUUCGACCCCACCUGGAGAGACCAGCGUUCAGCAGCCACCUGCUGGUGGAGCCGUUGGGGGACCUGUCCCAGCGCAGGUGUCCUGCUCACUCAGAGGUAUUCCGUUACUACUGUGUGGAUGAGAGGGUUUAUGUCUGCGGGGACUGUCUGCUGGAGGGGGGGCACGCUCUGCACAAAGUGAAGCCGCUGAAAAAAGUGGAGGAGGACCUGAAGAUCAUCUUACAGAAUCUCCUCAGUAAAGCAGAAAAGAAGCUAAAAGAGGGUGAGAAAGUUCUCAAAGAGCAUGAAAACAUCGAUUCUGUCAUGGCGGACUCUCUAAAGCAGGACAACAGCCAGGUGGAACGGCUGGACACAGAUCUACAGGUCCAGAUGAAGAGGUUGGUGAUGGCUCUAAAGGAGAUCACCAAGAAGGAAAGGCAGCAGAUCAUAGAGCGUGUGCACCAAGACUGCGCCCGAGUGAAAGACGACAUGAGCCAGACAGUGAACAUUCAGCACUACCUGAACCUGCUGCUGGCAGAGACUGACCCUUUCCUGCUCAUUUGGGCAUUUCAAUCCGAUGACACAAAAUUGUUAGCAGACCUGAAUUGCCCACUUUUCCUCCCUGAGCCCAUCUGCAUGGACAGGAAGCACAUCAUUGAAGACAUAGAGAGCAAAUAUCGAGAGUUCAUCACUGCCACCCUCCGCUGCCUCAGCGAGCUUAAGAAGGAGCUCUUAACCAGCCCUUUGACCUUGGACACAAACUCUGCACAUCCUCUGCUGAGCAUCUCUGAUGAUCUGCGUUCAGUCACACGUGUAAAAAGCCGCCUUCCCCGCGCUGCUCACCCUGAGCGCUUUGACCACUGGCCGCAGGUCCUCACAGUCCAGACCUUCUCUUCGGGGACCUACUAUUGGGAGCUGGAGGUUGAGGGAUUCUGGGACAUUGCCGUCUGCUACCGCAGCAUCGGACGGAAGGGGAAAGAAGGAAAUGCAUUUGGAAACAACAAGGUGUCUUGGAGCUUGACCCAGCAACACGACAGAAAGCUCUCUGCCUGGCACAACCGCAGGAAGACUCGGCUCACGUACCAGAUGGUUGGCAAUCGAGUUGCAGUAGCUGUGGAUUACAGCUCUGGGACCAUCACUUUCUCCGAGGUGGGGCCUUCCAACAACCUUAUCCACCUCCACACUUUCUCCACCAGCUUCACUCAGCCUGUGUGUUUAGGCUUGGGACUCUAUAAAGCUGAGCUCAAGAGUCGCAUCUCCAUUGUCAAAGUGUGAGGAUGAAAACAGCCCUGUGGAAACUACUAACACAGAACUGCGAGUUAAAUGACACUUGUUCAUGUAAACAUUUAUUCCAGAAAUGCUUUCUAACAAUAUCGACACUGCAAAGUCGGGGACAUUUAAGUAAAGUCUGUUUUUAAGCCAAA